AUGAAUUCACAAAAUUUCGAUAAUUACACUCAAUUCAAAACAAUCAAGCCAAGAGUUAAAAAUAGUUUCGAUAACGACAGUAAACAAUCAUCACCUUUCCAAAGUAUUCGUUAUUCUCCAAAAAGAUCUCAAAUUUCGCGUAUUAUUCCAACAAGAACUUCGAUAUCUCCUUUACCUGAAAACGAAACCGAACAAAUGUUUACUGUUUACGAUUCUCAAGAAAGCAGCACUGAAUCUAACAUCAACGCCAUCACAAGUAAAUACAUUUCAAAAAAAUCAGAUUUAGAACAACCACAGAGUCCUUCAAAGUUCCCAUCGGGCUCUCCAAUCAGACUACUACCAGAAAACAAAUCAUACAAUCUCGAUAAUCUUCCUUCAGACGCUUUUGCUCAACCAAUCGAAAAAGAAGAAGAAAUCGUACCGAUUAUUUUAGAUUUACCAUUACCACAGCGAAUAGCUCGCAAAGACACAGAAUCUGAUACAGAAUUUACACCUUCUUCCCUUACAAAAGAAGAUUUUAUAAAUUAUAUCGGCCAAGACAUCGCAAAAUCACUUAACUCACGCCUUUUCAAGCAAAGAAUAAAAGGAUUAAACGAAAUACAAGAAAUUUUAAAAUCAGAACAAGAUCUAGAUAAUAUCGCCGAAAUUUUCUUUUUGGGAUUGUCAAUUCUACCUGGAUUCAAGGAAUCCAACCUCACCGUCAACCAAAUGAUGAUCGAUAUCAUAAGACACAUCAUCACAAAAGCGGAAAACAUCUCAAAAUCAACAGUUUUCAUGAUUCUGCCGUAUUUAAUUGAAAAAUCAUCAGACGUCAAGUUAAAAAAAUCGAUUUAUGAACUGGACAUGAUGAUUUCGGAAGCUUUAUGUCCUUCUUUCAUGGUUUUACAAUUAUUAGAAAUAUCUUCAUCAAAAAGGAACCAAAAGAUGAUCGCUUCUUCACUGGAUGUGUCACUAAAGAUACUAGAAACGUUUGGACCAGGUGAUCUCGAUGUAGAUGCUUAUAUUCCGCUGUUAAUAAAUUCAUUAUCAAGUUCUAACUCGGAAGUGAAGAAAAACGCGUUACAAGUAUCAAAGUAUUUAUAUAAGAAGUUCGGUGAUGCUAUUUAUAACAUAAAUGAGAAGCUUUCUCCUGCUUUAAAAUCACAAUUUUUAAAUGAACUGUCAAAUGCACCGGAAAUACAUUCUCCAAGCCGUAAUUACUUCAGACAAAGAGCUCAGUCGUAUAAACCAUCAACAAAUACUGUAAAAGAAGAAGAAAAACAGCCAAUGAAAAUUUCUGACAUAAUUACAUCGGAACAAUGCCAAAAAAUUAUGACAUCGACCAAAUUUGCCGAACAUAAAAACUUUCUACAGUCAUUAGAAAGCGCAAUUGAGGCUUGCCACUUCAAAAUUCAAUCAUUUGACUUAGAACCUAUAUUAAAAUCAUUAAAAUUCCUUGUAACCAAUGGAAAUCAAAAUAUUGUUGCUCUUUCUUUAUCUGUAAUGCGGAAAUUGGCUGAAUCUUCCGAUAAUGGAAUUUCAAAAUUUACAAAUUACGUCGCAGAAGCUGUAAUUGAGACAUGGGGAGACCAGAGACAGAGUUUAAGAGAAACAGCUACAGAAACAGCAGUUAUUUACAAGAAUACUCCUGUUUUCAUAAAAUUAAUCACAAAUAUUCAGAAUUUUCCAUCCGGAAUGAGGUUAGAGAUAUUAAAAUACGUUGAGAGAAUGUCAAAUGACAUCAAUUCGCAGGAUUAUUCAAAGAUUACUCCAAUAAUUUUUUCAUCUAUCGAUGAUAAAAGUCCAAAUGUAAGGACUAAGGCAUUAAAUGCGGCUAUGAUAGUUAAAAGUUCAUGUCCUGAAGUUUUCCAACAAAAUUUUGAAAAAUCUUCUUCACAAAUUCAGAAAAAGCUCUUACAAUUAAGCGCAGACAACUCUCCAGUGAAGAAAACAGCAGAGAAAACAGAACCAGUCAAACAGGAACCAAUGAAACAAGUUGUUUCUCCGAAAUCAGAAAAAUCAAAUAAUGAAACAGAGAAAACAGAAAAAAUAACAAUAGUAUCAACAAAAGAGAAGAAAGAAAAGAGACUACAACAGUUCCAAGACCUUCUUAACCAACAAAAUCUCCCAGAAAAAGCAAAAAUUACCAAAAUUUCUGAACAAACAAAAAGUGACAGCCAAUUAAUUUUUCCUCCAUCGAUAUUCAAAGGCUUAUUUUCAAAUAUAUUAGCGGAACAGAUUGUCGCUAUCGGGAACAUCACAGCACUCAUGAAAACAGAUAGAGAACCUCUAGAAUUCUUAUCUGAUAUUUUUAUAAAAUAUUUAGCAAUGAAAAUCAACGAACGACAAACAAAACUUGUACAACUGAUCUUACAAUUGCUAAAUGACCUACUUACCACUGCUGAUUUGUCAGAAUUAGAACUAAAUUACUUGAUCUCAAUUUUGAUACUGAAUUAUGAUAAACUAAGUGAAGUAACAGAUGAAAUAGAUGAUAUUUUGUUUAAAUUCAGAGUUAACAUCAAACAGAAACUAUUAUCUGAAAUUUAUAUCCAAUUAUUAAGCAACAAAACAAUAUCUGAAGCAUCAAUUACAGUAAUAUUAAGUGAAUUAUCCUUCUUACUAUCGAAAGACAUCAAUUUACUGAUGACUUUGUUCGUAUUUUGUUGUAAUUUGAUAGAAAACAACAAAAUCGAGAAAAUUGCAGGUUCAUUGUUAACUCAAAUCAGUUAUUUACUUAGUGACAAUGAGAGAGAAAGUUUCGUGAGGGAUUUCUCUCCAGAAAAGAAAGAAAAAAUUUCAAAAUAUUUUUUGAUUUCGACAAAAUUUUCAAAAUUUUCAUUCCAAGGAUUUUCAAAUAUGGACAAAACGAAGAGAUUACAGCAGAUCAAGACAUGUAUCAAACUCCUGCAAACAGAGAAAGACGUCAAAGUCGAUUUAUCCGCUUCAGAACUCUUGGAAUUCUUUUUGGAAGAAGAAAUUGAUUGGAUAACCGUUAAGUCACUUUUGUUUACAAUUUCUGAAAUUGUUUCUAAAUGUAAAUUUGCUAAUGAAGCACUGGAAAGACUUUUCUCUGUAAUCUGCUUCUUCGCAAAUAGAAGACAGAGACAAAUAACUUCUGUUGACGGUUUGAGCGGUUUGAUCGGCGCGAUUUGUUUCAAAAUCGCAAAUAUACUACCAGGGAAGUCCAUUUUUGAGUCUAUUUAUGAUGGAAUGAUCUCGUAUUGUAUAGCUGUGACUCCAGAAUGUUUUUACGCAAAAUUAUGGACUGCGUUUUUGUUACAAUUUGAAGAAAUUACAAAAAGUGACAAAAAUGACAUCACUUCAUGUUUAAAUUUUGCGAAUGACAAGAUAAAUAAUGCGACUAACAGUGAGUCAUUACUUUACCAGUUAUUGAAUGCUUUGAUAAAGACAUGUUCGAAAUUUAUUGAAAAUGAAAGUGAAAAAGAAAUUGUUGAGAUGAAUGAAGAGGAAGAAACGUUUUCUCCUUUGAUUGCUACAUCAAGACACAUAAGUCCAAGGAAACAAACAAAAAGAAGCAGUUUACCACCACCUCACAAAUCAAAAAUUCCUCAACCGUCAAAUUUCAAACCGAAAAAUUCUCUCAAAUUGGAGUUAUUCGACCAAAUAUCGGUCGAACCAUCAAGUGAACCACAAAAGACGAAUAUCCCACAGAAGAAGAAAACAAGGAAAUUGCCAACACCUAAAAGAAAACCGCCAAAACCGAAAAUUGUCUCUGAUUCUGACGAUGACGAUUAUUUACCAUUGAAAACUCCAUUAAAGUCAUCUCCUGAAUCAGUUCGGUCAUUGAUUGACCAAUUGGAGCAGAGGACGCCUGAGAAGAAGACGAAAUCCCAGUCUCCGCCAAUUAUUUUGUCUUCCGUACAGAGAAUUUCGCCAAGAAACAAUCCAAUUGAAAUUUCUGAUUCUGACGACGGUUUGGUUCAAAAUUCACUUCACACGACAAUAGAGAUACCUCAGAAUGCGUUUGCUGAUAUCUUCAACAACGCUAUUCCUCAGUCUCCACCUCAGAAAAGACAAGUUUCGUCAACUCCUUCAACUCCAUUUUUAUCUGAAACCAAAAAAGUGACAAAAACAGAGAUUCCUUUACCUGUUAGUAAUGAUAAUAAUGAUGAAUCACUGAUUGAGCUCGCUGAUGAGGAAAACAGUGCAGAAUUACCUUUCCCUCAUAUUGAAGCCGAAAAACAGGAAGAAAGUGCUGAAUUUCUUGAAGUCUCUUCAAAUAAUACAAAAAGCGGAUUAAGUGAUGUUGUAUUCGCUAUAUCUGGCGUUCUUAAGAAAUGGAAUGAUGAUUCUAACUUUAAUUGA